CCCUCUCUGCUGCCUCUUGGAAUCCAGAUGCUGAGGAAAUCCCUAAGCAGAGAGCUUUCGGAUGGGUGAUAAAAACAAGGAAUAAAAAUUGAGAAAUUGGAAAAUGUCUGAGCCCUUUCAACAGGACUCCUCAGAAGUCUUUUCUAGUUCACUGUUUGAUAUUGCAUCAGAUGUGCUGUAUGAGAGAUUCAGGAAAUUUAAGAGGAAAGAUGAACAAUGUCAAGCAUUUGUGAAGAGAGUCACAACGAGUCGUCUCUUUAAGAUAAUCAUGAUUAGCACCAUCUCAAUGAAUGCGUUUUUUAUGGUCUUAUGGACUGAUUAUAAAAUAAGAUACCGCUUGUUCAGGCUUUUUGAGAUCUCAGAGGUGAUCUUUGUGGCCAUCUACACCUCUGAAUUCUCCAUGAAGCUCUAUGUGGACCCUAUCAGCUAUUGGAAGCAUGGCUAUAACCUGCUGGAUGUGUUCAUUAUCGUCGUUAUUUUCAUCCCUUAUGUGCUCCGUGAGGUCAAGGGUAAACACUUCCACUACCACAACGUUGCUGAGGGCAUACAGUCCCUGCGCAUCCUCAAGCUUAUCACCUAUAGCCAAGCCAUCAGAACACUCAUCACCGCCGUGGGAAAGAUAGUCUACAUCGUGGCUUCUGUGCUCAUCUUGUUCUUCAUCCUGAUGUAUAUCUUCGCUAUCUUGGGCUUCUACCUGUUUGGAGUUGUAGAGAGGGGUGACAUGAGUAACUGGGGGAGCCUGGAUACGAUUUUCUUCACCCUCUUCAGCUUGGCCACGGUCGAAGGCUGGACAGAUAUGCAGGUGCAGUUGGAAAAGCACAAUUUUAUUGUGAGCCGAGCAUUCACCAUCAUUUUCAUCUUGCUUGCCUCCUUCAUCUUCCUCAGUGUGUUCGUGGGUGUGAUAAUCAUGCCAACUGAGAAAUUUGAGCAAGACCUGAUGCUAGAGAAGCGUAUGGAGGAGAAGAAGCAGAUGAUCCUGAAGCGACAACAGGAGGAGGUCAACAGGCGGAUGCAGAUACAGAAAACUGAAACUGUUGACAAAAAUCUCGGUGAGUUGAUGGAGAACUUAAAGAAGAGCCUGAGGGAUACUGACCCCAUGGUCUCGAGUGACUUUGGCACUAGCCUGCUCUUCAUCGAUAUAUACUUGUCCAUUUUGGACAAACAGGACGCCACUGUCAAACAGCUUCAGAAGCUAUACUAUAAGACCACGCACGUGUUGGGCCUCAUGCUCAAAGAUUUACCCGAGGAGAAGAAGUCUGAAUCUUUAGAAAAGAUUGAUGAGAAGUAGAUGACUGAGAGUGGGAGCACCCAAGGACUUGGGUCCUUGCAGACUGUAACAGUUCCUAUUAAACACAGGAUUUUGGAGCUGGCCUCUCUAGAGUUGCUGUGAUCUUGCUCCUAGAAACCUGAUACUGAGAUACUGGAAACUGCACAUCCUGAUGUCUUCAAAUGCUGAUGAGCUAGGAUGCCCCUAAACCAAACUGGCUUUCAACAGCCUAUGUUUCUGGCCUUGAAUUCCAAAUCCUGAAAGAAGUCAGGCUGAACCAUCCC